UCCAAGAUGGCGGCGCCCAGUAGAAAAACAACGACGUUUUCCGUGUUUUUAGGUUUUAUGGUCGUCUAAAAGCUUCUGCCAUGUUUACGUUCGAAGAAAAUAUGUUGCUAUUGUCUUUAAGACUAUGUAGUAUACGAAAGAUCAGUGUAAGUCGACAGUUUAGUAGUUUUAUUUCAGAAAAAAGCCAAACUUCGUCCAGACCAUCUCAGUGUUUAGCAGACGACGCCGUUGUUUAUGUUCACUGGCCUUACUGCAAAAGGAGAUGUACCUACUGCAACUUCAACAAGUAUAUCAGUGCUUUUGUGGACCAUGCCAGGAUGCGGAGGUGUUUGGUACAAGAAACAGCAACGCUGCUACAACAGAGCGGAGUUCAACGGGUUAACUCUGUAUUCUUCGGGGGAGGAACUCCGAGCCUGGCUUUACCACAGACCCUAGCAGCAGUCCUGGAUGUGAUAUCCCAGCAUGCACUGCUGCCAGUGGAUGCAGAAGUUACGCUGGAGGCCAAUCCCAGUUCUACUGAAACUAACAAACUCCGGGAAUUUAAGGCAGCUGGAAUCAACAGAUUGUCACUUGGUAUCCAGACUUUCAGCCCCCCAGACCUGCAGGUACUUGGGAGGGACCACAGUGUGGAGGACUCUUUAAGGGCCAUACAGGAGGGAAGAACCCUGUUCCCAGGCAGAGUGUCGAUAGACCUAAUCUUUGGCAGACCUGGUCAGACGGUCGAGGCUUGGCAGAGAGAACUGCAGCAGGCCCUGUCAGUGUGUGAUGACCACAUCUCCCUGUAUCAGCUCACCCUGGAGAGGGGAACAGCCCUGUACAGGCAGGUGCAGAACAAGCAACAGACUGUCCCAGACCCAGACACCAUGGCAGACCUGUAUGCCUGUGCUAGGGAGACGCUGCACAGCGCUGGUUUUCAGCAGUAUGAGGUCUCCAACUUUGCCAGAAAUGGAGCUGAGAGCAGCCAUAACCAGUCCUACUGGAGAGGGAAACAGUACAUAGGAGUGGGGCCAGGUGCCCACAGCAGGUUUGCGUCCCGAGGUUCAGGCCAGAUCAUCAGAGAGGUGAGAAUCCAGACCCUGGAGCCGGGGCAGUGGAUGGGAGCGGUGGAGAGACGGGGGCAUGGCACAGCCAAGAGGACGGCUCUGUCACAACUUGAUAUGUUGGAAGAAACCCUGAUGUUGGGACUGAGAACCACAGAGGGUCUGACCAAUGAGAGAUGGCAGCAGUUAUCAGGGGGAAGUUCACUUCAGGACAUCUUCGGGACUUCUGAGGCUGUGCAGGAAUUCGUAAAGGCUGGUCUGCUGGAGCUUUCUCACAGUGUUCUGAGGGCGACACAUGCAGGCCUGGCUGUGUUGGACAGCAUCAUUCCUGAUCUACUUCUGACAACUCAGGACUUCUCCAGUAGUCUCCAACGGACUGAAGCCAGGGCUGACAUAGAAACUGGUUAACCAUAAUUUUGUAAGGCAACUCCAGUGUAUUAGUCU